AUGUGCUGUGAUACAAAUGGAGCUGCAGUUACUUCUGGAACAGAAAUUUCAAAGGUCCAGCAAACACUUGUGAAAGAAGGCGUUACAAAAGUAAAGGUAUCUAAGCAUCGUGUUUUUCUCCUUGGAGAGAACCGCUGGAAAGAUUCGUCUAGACUUAGCAGGAACCAAAAAAAAGUAGGUGAAAGCAAGACAAUGAAUACCACAACAAGGUGUCUUACUUGUCGAGGGGAGGGUCGCUUAUUGUGCGCAGAAUGUGAUGGAACAGGCGAGCCAAACAUUGAAGAACAGCAGUUCUUGGAUUGGGUGGAAGAAGGAGCAAAAUGUCCAUAUUGUGAAGGUCAUGGGUUUACAAUUUGCGACGUAUGUGAAGGGGCAACAGUAGCUUAG